AGAAUGUUGUUUUCAUGGGAGAGCCUGUGAGAGAGAGAGCCAAGCCGCAUUUAUUUCCAUUUCCAAGGUAGAUCUACCUUGUUUCCAUUCCAUAUUAAUACCAAGCCAGUAACAUGGACGACAAUGGCGUGACUGUGGUCCUGGACAAUGGAGCAUACACGGCCAAAUUGGGUUUGGCUUCCCAGGAUGAUCCCCAAGUAUCGUUGAAUUGCAUUAUGAAAGCCAAAGCUGAGAGACGCCGGGCAUUUAUUGGCAAUCAAAUCGAUGAAUGUAGGGAUGCUUCAGGUUUAUUUUACAUUUUAUGUUUCCAAAAGGGAUAUCUACUAAACUGGGACAUACAAAAGACUGUCUGGGAUUAUUUCUUCAGCAAUGAGGGAUCCGGUAUAUCCUUGGAAGAUCGUAAUAUUUUGGUGACAGAACCCCAGUUAAAUUUCACCAGCAUCCAAGAGACAAUGGUGGAGAUUCUAUUCGAAGAAUAUCACUGUAGUGGCAUCCACAAAACUACCACGGCUGAAUUGGCUGCCUAUAACUAUUGUGCUGACAGUGGCGAGGAAACUUCUAUGCAGGCGCUGAAUUGUAUCGUGGUAGAUGUGGGUUACAGCUUCACGCAUGUAGUGCCCUUUGUACGGGGUAAACGAGUUUUGAAGGGCAUACGGCGCAUUGAGGUUGGUGGCAAGGCUUUGACCAACCAUAUGAAGGAAAUAAUUUCCUAUCGCCAUAUCAAUCUGAUGGACGAAUCGUAUGUGGUAAAUCAAAUCAAGGAAGAUGUUUGCUUUGUGUCACAAAAUUUCGCCGAUGAUAUGCGAGUGCAUACAGAUGCUAAGAAACGUUCCGAAAUUGCGGUGGAAUAUAUGUUGCCAGAUUUUACCACAGUUAAAAGAGGAUAUAUACGAAAAAGUCCAUCUAAAACUGGUGGGGGAGAGGAGGAGGAAGAUUGUGAUCAACAAUCUAUGCGUUUGUGUAAUGAACGUUUUACGGUACCCGAACUGCUGUUCAAUCCCUCUGAUGUGGGUAUUCAACAGGUGGGCAUACCCGAAGCUGUGAUAGAUGCUUUAAAGGAUUGCCCACCAUAUGCCCAUCACGAACUGCUGCGUAACAUCUUGGUAAUUGGUGGCUCUUCGUUGUUUCCGGGAUUUGUGCCCAGACUGAAAAGUGAAAUACGCUCCCUGGCCCCUGACGAUUUAGAGGUAUCAUUGAUCUUUCCCGAUGAUCCCAUAACCUAUGGUUGGUACGGUGGCAAGGAGAUGGCCAGCAGUGAUGGUUUUCGAGAAACCCUCUUCACCCGAGAUGAGUAUGAAGAAAAUGGUUACACCGCAAGCAAUGGAAGAUAAUAAAAAUGAAUUUAAAAGGAAA